AUGGCUAAUUACAAUUCGAAUUGUGGCUACUAUGACGAUUACAUUGGCUAUUACACCAACACAAAUGUCUACCAGCAGGAUUAUUGCAUGCAACCGGAUUAUGAAUACAACAAACACGAUUAUGAUCUCUUCGACGCAAAGGUGCCCUCAUCGCAACGCUCCUCCGGCUUUCACAUAUCGGAUAUACUCAACUUGGAUGGAAGUGAACUGAAGAAUGGCGUUGUGCCUUCACACGCCGCCGCCGCCGCCGCUGCUCAUCACAGCGAAACUGAUAUUAAUCACCACAUACAGCAACAACAUCAGCAGCAAAACUCCAGCCAUCUAACACAUCUUCAUCCGCAGCACCAUCACAACAACAAUAACAACAAUACGAGCAUACACAACAACAAUAACAAUAGUAAUAGUAAUGGUGACGUACAAAGCGCCCAUUUAACUCCGCCAGCCUCGGUGUUAAGUUGCGCGGGUCCCAAUACACUAACAGUACCCAGUGAUGAUCAGAAAACGCAGCAUUCCGCCGGUACCACACCCACCCCAGUAGCUGGUAGCGUAGUAAACGGCAACGAUGGCAACGGUCAGCAAUCUGCAACACAUCAUCCAACUGCAGCGGCAGUGGCGGCGAAUGCCGCUUCUCAAGCCACUGCUCACCUCCUAGCUAGUCACCACAAUGCUGUGGCUGCAGCGGCAGCUGCUGCAGCUGGUCAAUAUUUGCCAAAGAACUUCUCCACUUUCAGUGAUGAAUUGUCGUCGUAUCAUCAGAUGACGCACACAGUGUUGGCGCAUCCGGCGCGUAGCGCUUGGAUUAAGGAAAAUGAGCUUUAUGGCAUACAACAGCCAGCCAGUCCUGACAGCACUUCGCCACACACCUCAGAGGUUUCCUACACCUACAUCGGCUCCAAUUGUCAAACCUCUCCAGCGCUUUCCGCUGACUACAAGACCUACAGCCGGUCCGCCGAAAGCGAUGCGCUCUCCGUCGGCGAUGCUAAUUCGUUGCAUAUGCAAACACAUACCGGCUCAGCUCCUCACCAGCAACUACACACGCUCCAUCAACAACUUAACAAAACCAUGCCAGGCAGUGCCGGUGGCAGCGUUGGUGGUGGCGGCACCGGUGCGGACAACACCAGCGCCGGCGGCUCCUCCUCCAAUCCGCACGACGACACCCUCAUCGAAGACGGCAUCGAAGAAGAGAUCAUGGACGAUGAGAAUGACGAAGAGAAUGGCGGCAAUGGCUCCACCAAUGGGCCCGACGGUAUGCCGAGUAAGAAACGCAAACGGCGCGUACUCUUUACCAAGGCACAGACUUACGAACUGGAACGACGUUUUCGCCAACAGCGCUACCUAUCGGCGCCAGAACGUGAACAUCUCGCCAGCCUAAUACGUUUGACGCCGACGCAAGUGAAGAUCUGGUUCCAGAAUCAUCGCUACAAGACCAAACGUGCACAAAAUGAAAAGGGCGUUUACGAGCACCACCCCGCCAUGCAUCCACAUCACGCGGCCGCUUUACCCUCACCACGCCGCGUAGCGGUGCCAGUUUUGGUGCGUAACGGCAAACCCUGCUUAGCGGAUGGCACAAAGCUACCGCAGGACUGCAUGACACAGCAAAUGCAGAACGCAGCAGCGGCGCAUCAUUUGGUGCUGCACGCGAAUGGCGCAGCGGCGUACCAGCAUGCGGCAGCAGCGGCGGCAGCAGGACUGCACGCAGCGCAUGCGCAUCCACAUCAACGACCCUGGUGGCCCUAAUAUUGUUCAGGUCUAAUGGAUAGGAUGUGGCGAAGUGGCGCUGGAACCAAUGCAGUGUGAAUGGAGACUGAGUGGAGGUGUUGAGAUUUGUUGCAAAAUGUGUGACAGCAACAACAAUAACAUAAGCAUGUUGGGUGAUAAAGCUUGAGCGGUAAACCAUAUUAGCUGGAAUACUAGUUUAUACAUUUUUUUCGACGCAGCUGGUGCUUUUGGUGGCGCUACUCGAAUAUUGGACAAUAAUUUCAGAAGGCCAGAAAAUAAUGGAACAACAAUAAAAAGCAAACGCUAAAUAAAAAGUUUAAAAGAGUAGGAAAUAAAUAUAUGUAUGUAUGUAGCAAAAGUUUUUUCUUGGUGCAAUAAAACUUUGAGAAAAACAAAAUUAAUUGUUAAAGAAAAUUUGAAAAAAUCCACAGAAAUUACGUAAGCGCCAUUUAGCACGGAAAUGUAAAUAUUGAAAAGAUAUGUAAAUAUUAUUGAAAGUAAUUUUCUUAUGCCAGAAAGUUGUCAAUAUCUUCAAUUGAUGUUCUAUUAUUGCAGGGAAAAAGUUGUAAAUAUUUCUACUAACAGAAGACAAGAAAUUUCAAAAUUCUCGAUCUUUUUAAAUGUUUUUCACUUCUCUAAAUCUUUUAAUUUUUUCGUGAGUAAAAAUCACACAGAACUUCACAUCGUCAAACUGUUACUUUUUCUUCCUAACAACGCAACACAAGUCACUCAAAACUUAAGAGAAUAUUUUUAAGAAAAAAGUAUACCAUAAACGUAGUUUAAAAAAUAAAAUUAAGUGAAAUUUAAAUAAAUUCAAAUACAAAGAGCACAGGAAAUUAAAAAUAGAAUAAAAUUUGCAAUAAAAUUACAAAUAAAGUUUUUCCAAAAAAUGUCUUGAAAAUUCCUUAAAAAUUUUCUCAAGUUCUCUCUGCCAUGCAAAACUCUUUUAAAAUUUAAAAGAAUUCGAGAAUCUAAAAGCCCCGAUUUUUUUUUAAUUUCUACCCAAAUUUG